AUGUCGCCCGCACUCUCCCCCCCAGCCCCUCCAAAGGCGUGGUGGUCCCGCUCAAAGUCCUCCAAGGAACAGCUUCGCGCGAACCGCUCCUUCUCCAGUCUCGCAGAAGACAGCGAGAAGUACCAGCCUUCCGCCAGCUCCUCCAAACACAAGGAUGGCCUCCCCUCUCUCAAGUUCAAUACGCUCGCCUCUGCCAUGGGCUUCAGAUCCAAAAAGGUGCCUGUGCUCACCAUCCAGGAUCCCCCCUCCCCGGCAGACCCUCCCUCUCCCUCUCCCCACUACCCGAGCCACUCUCGGCCAGGUACCGGAAGCAGCACUCCCUCCACGACAGAACACAACCCGUUCUUCACCAACCGACCGCCAGCCAAGUCUGUAUCCACCGUACGCUCCUCCGAGUACGACUUUGAUGGUGGCUCGGAGCUACAAGCCCCGUCGGAACCUCGCACCCCCUCAGACCAUCCACGGGAUCGCAUGUCCUAUCAAACGUCCGUCAUGACCUUCUCGGAGAUCGACCCUUUCGCUUCAGGUGGCAUUGUUGUACAACAUUUACCUCAGGAUCCCAACAGACUCUCCGUCUACUCCGACUCGUCAGUGCUCGAUCCGCAUCACCAGAAGAGAGGGGAUAUCGUCCCAAACAGUAGACGAUCAUACGGAUCGUCAUCCUCCAAUUCCCAUGGGAACUCCUUCGACGGACAAGCGUUGUCGCCACUAUCCGCGAGCUCUUUUGUGCGGUCGCCGUCUGCGAGCAGGUCCGCGUAUGACCUGACACAGCCCAACGAUGCGUAUUACUCGAGUGGUACAUCCACCUCCGGUUCUCAGACGCAGAGAACACGACGAAUGAAAACCCCGUCAGGAUCGAAUUCGUCGAACUCCACUGUGACCCCAGAGGCUUUUCGCAGCGGACUUGGUGGCCCCUCGAACGGUGGUUCCACGCUACCCCGCAAGCGGUCCAGUCCAUCUCUCUCUCGCCCUAGAGGGAUGACAGUCGGCGCUGUGAGCCCGCGGGAAGGAUAUCCAGAAUUGCCUCGCAUGCCUCCCCCGCCCCCGCCCCGCUCCCCGGGCGUGGCUUUGAGCCCGAUUCAGCCGCUACAAGUUCGACGCAAAGUCUCGGGAUCUUCCUCCUCACCAUCCUCCUCCAACCCUCCUUCUCCUUCUCCCGUCACAUUCACACGCUCUCGCACCACUUCUGCCGCGCCGAGCCUAGAAUCCCCACGUUCCCCGACCAUGACCAGGCCGCUUGUGCUGGUUCGAAAAGCGUCAUCCCCGCGGGUCAAACUACCUCCCCUGAAUACAGCACCUCCCAUGAGCGACCUCCCUCCACCACCCGUACCCCGCUCGCCUUAUCGUGAUCACGACCUUUCUCCGUUGGCAUUCAGGAAUUCCUCGAGCUCUUCGCUGAGCUUGAGUUUCGCUCCGAGUGUGGAUGGCUUCCACAUGAUGGACAACGGGGACGCGAUUUCUCAGCUCAUGAACGACACUUAUGACUUGGGUCCGUUCGAGAUGCGGGAUCCUGAUCCUAAAGGGAAGCGGAGGAGUCAUCGCGAUACCUUCAUCCUGGAUGGGGACCUCAGCCCUAUUGCGCCCGGGGAUUCGGGCCUGCCUUCUCCCCUCGGGAAGUUCCCACCCGUACCAGCGUUCAUUCACGGCGUCGAAUUCGGGGGAAGCAAAGCGGGGAAGCUCCUUCGGAAGAUGUCUUCGCAGCAAAACCUUCCAUCCCAACGGCACUCCGCCACGAGUAUCGCCUCCUCGGCCUCGCACGACGACAUGGCAAUUCAUAAUCCACACCCGUUAGCGAAGCCUGCGCGGAAACAACGAUCGUUUCAUGCUGCGCGUGUCCCGAUGCCCCCAAUUCCCGGUUUCAGGAACGGCUCGUCGUCCGCACAGCCGUCGUCGAGCCUCGAGACGCUUCCCGCGCCGUCGUCACCCAUUAUCGAGCCCCGGCGCAGCAGCGUAACGAGCCCACGUAAGCGCCUGUUCUCUGGCUCGAGCGCGCGGAGGAGCACAUCGUCGCACGGACCGACGCCUUCAACCGAGGACGACAGUCGAUCUGUGUUCAGUCUGGAAACAGACUCGCGGCCUGGUACCGGGUCCGUGGCCAUGGACCACAUCACCCUGUCGUUCGGGGCCGCAGGUGGGCCGCUGUCACUCAUGACGAGGAACGCAUGUAUUUCGCCGUCGUCCUUGUGGGAGGAUUCGCCGGUGGGUGCGGGUGCAGGUGGGGAGGACAGGACGAAGCGGACGUCGCAGUCGGAGUACGUGCCCCAGUAUAUCAUGUCCCCCGCGGAGCAGUUGAAGCUCGCGGAGAAGCUUGCGGACGAGGAGGCGUCUGCGCGUGCCGCGCGCGCGGACCCCGAGCCCGAGUCUGAGCGGAAGCCGAAGCUCGAUCUGCACCCUGGCGACUUCGGACUCGCGUUCCGCCAGGGCAAGAACGCGAGCCAGGUGCCAGUCAUGAACACGCAGCGCGACCGCGACCGGGAACGCGAAGCGGCCCAGCGCUCGCGCUCGAACUCGGUCCUGUCGCACGCGUCGACCGGGACGCUCGCGUUCGGAAGCGGCGGUGGGGCGGACUACGGCAACGGCAACGGCGGCGGGGAGCCCGCCGUGGGGGUGUCGCGCGGCGUUUCCAUGCACUCGACGAAGUCGGCUUCUUCUGGUUGGCACGGCAGCGCGCGCCCCGCGCUGCACACCGCUUCGUCGGCGCCCCCGCCGCGGAAGAUGUCCCUCGUCGAGGGCUCGCGCGGGCCCGCGCGCAGCAGCUCGAUGCUCUCGCGCAAUAUGAACAAGCCCCCGCCCAUUUCCGCGCGGCCGUCAACUGCGCAGGCGGGCCUCAGCCCCCCGACCUCCCCGACCGGAUUUGGCCCGCCGAAACACUCCCCGGAGAUUGCUCCCGCGAGCCUUCCCCCGCCCCCGAGACGGCGACCGUCCAGGCACGACCUCCAGGAGCUGGAGAUCGUCAACAAGCGCGUCAGCGUCGUGCCCAUCAAUCCGCUCUCUCCGCCCCCGACGCGUCCGCGCCCGCGGCGCCAGCAGUCGAGCGACACCGGCAUCUCCGAGAUGUCGUCGCGGCCUCCGAGCGCGUUCGACCGGCAGAAGGUCCUCCAGCGGCGCUCGAUCAUGAAGAAGCCGUCGUUCCUGGAGAUCGACGACGAGUUCGACGCGAGCGCGGAGAACGACGAUGGCGCGGACGACGAGGAGACCGAGUCGACGGGCCGGGACACGGUGCCGCCGUCCCCGCAGUCGCCGACCAUGGAGAGCAGCUUCCUCGACAUGGACCGGAAGGAUUCGUUCGACACGGUGCGGAGCUCGCAGAGCGCGUAUUAUGUAUAUUAACGCGCCCGUGCUGCGCCUGCUUUCCCCCCUUCCCUCCUUUGCUUUCCUUUUCACCCCUUCCCUUCCUUUGGUAUCUAUACCUCUUUAUUGCUAUGAUACACCCACACACCGCCUUUGCUUUCGGUACUUACUGCACAUCAUCUAUCUUGCUUCGACUACACGCACAUACUAAUUCGCCGCGGUCCCCAUUGGAGCACUUUCCAUGCUCUGCUCACCC